GUCAGAGCAGGCAGGCAGCCCUGACCUCGGUUCGGGCGGAUACGACGAUGGUCAAGGAGGUCUUGAAGACGACCCCGGCCACUGCGAACACUGCCGCCGCCGACCCGUGGAAGGUGGGCUUGGGCCGUACGUGGGGCGCGUGCUCGGCUACUCGGCCCCGCGCGCUCGUGUCUGCCGUCGACGGGGCGGGCAUGAGCGAGGCAAACGUGAAGUCGUGA